UGAAUCUCUUGCUCCCUGCUCUAGUCUCGUCUGGGAACGUCGAAAUAGAGGGAGAAAGACUAAACAGGUGGUCAGAAAUACAAGCGAACAAUGUCGUCCCUGGAGAUAAGGUGAAAGAUCGUUCGGUCUCAACUCUUUAAGGAUUAAAAACCACAGAAACUUCAUGUUUCGGCUGACGUUCAAAGAGAGAAUUUAUCGUCGGUUUACCUCCGAAUCUGGGCAAAAUAUAUCGGAUAUUAAACUAUGAAAGUGACGGUGUGUUUUGGAAGGACUAGGGUGGUGGUACCGUGCGGAGAUGGAAAUAUCAAAGUCCAUACUCUCAUCCAGCAAGCCGUCAUGAGAUACAAAAAAGCCAUUGCAAAGGAUGCCAGCUACUGGUUACAGGUGCACCGGUUGGAGCAUGGGGACGGAGGUAUUCUAGACCUGGAUGACUUGCUGUCUGAUGUGGCUGAUGACAAAGACCGGCUGGUGGCUGUGUAUGAUGAACAGGACCCUCACCAUGGAGGCGACGGCACCAGCGCCAGCUCCACGGGAACCCAGAGCCCCGACCUGUUCGCCACAGAGCUCAACUCCAGCAACAUGUCCGCUUUCCAGCCCUACCAGGCCGCCAGCGAGAUAGAGGUCACUCCGUCCGCCCUUCGAUCCAAUAUGCCCCUCCAUGUGCGUCGCAGCAGUGACCCGGCCCUGGCGACGAUCAACGGGCCGUUCAGCGACCCCCGCGUGACCCUGCCGCCAGAGAAACCGUCCAGGAAGAACCCCACCCGCUGGUCCACCACAGCUGGCUUCCUCAAACCACGGCGCUCUGUAGGAGGCACCGGCACUGGCACCAAUAGCCUGGAGAGAAAGGGUAAUGGUCCGGACACGUACCGUAGUCUCCCCCGGGAUGCAGGCACGUGUGCCAACCAGAGAGAGUUCCAGAGAGAGACGGCCCGCUCCUCCUUGAGCGCCAACCACCCCAUGGUAGACCGCUGGCUGGAGAGACGGGAGCAGGAUGAGGAGGAGGAGGAGAACAGCAGGAUCGAGCCGAUUGGCCGAGCUGAUUCCUGUAUGGACCACACCCCUCUGAGGUCCCUAGAUGACAUUGUAAAGCUGGUAGAAGUCUCCAAUGAUGGCGGGCCCUUGGGGAUCCAUGUAGUACCUUUCAGUGCCCGGGACCGCAGGACUCUAGGCCUGUUGGUCAAGCGCCUGGAGAGGGGAGGCAAGGCGCAGGAGCAGGGUCUGUUCCAGGAGAACGACUGCAUCGUACGCAUUAAUAAUGGAGACCUGCGGAACAUCCAUUUUGAACAAGCCCAGAACAUGUUCCGCCAGGCCAUGCGUUCCCCGGUCAUCAUGUUCCACGUGGUUCCCAACCUGAUGAAGGCCCAGUACGAGCAGCUGUCGCACAGCGAGAGGAACCCCAACGUGGCCUACUCCUCUGGACGCUUCAGCCCCGACUCCCUAGCUAGCGAGAGAGGCAGCACAACCUCAGGCCUGGACCACACCCCACAGUCCCGUGGUCCCCAUCCCCACCCUCACCCGGAGCAGGGAGACGCCUACACCCCUCUACCCCACCCCCAUGGGGGCUCCAUGGGCAAGCCCCCAUCCGGCCACGCCCCCUCCCCUCACAGGGUGCUAAACUCAACCCCCACGGCGGGCUUCACCAAAAAGGUUGGCAGGAGACUCAACAUCCAGCUCAAGAAAGGUCCAGAGGGUCUGGGUUUCAGCAUCACUUCGCGUGACGUCCCCAUCGGCGGCUCGGCGCCCAUCUACGUGAAGAACAUCCUGCCCCGAGGAGCUGCCAUCCAGGACGGACGCCUCAAGGCUGGAGACAGGCUGCUGGAGGUGAAUGGAGUGGACUUAGUUGGUCGGACCCAGGAGGAAGUGGUCGCUCUGCUGAGGGCCACGCCUAUGGGAGGAGCUGUGGGGCUGGUGGUGCUACGACAGGAGGAGACCUUCCUGAAUGCAGAGCCUCAGAUGCAAAGCCCCAGAGAUUUGAAGGUUGAGGAGGAUGACCUGGUGUUGACCCCUGACGGUACCAGGGAGUUCCUGACCUUUGAGAUCCCUCUGAGUGACUCUGGGUCGGCCGGGUUAGGGGUCAGCGUCAAGGGCAACCGCUCCAAGGAGAACCAUGCUGACCUAGGCAUCUUCGUCAAGUCCAUAAUCAAUGGAGGAGCUGCCUGCAAGGAUAGACGGCUGCGGGUCAACGACCAGCUGAUAGCGGUGAACGGCGAGUCAUUGAUAGGCAAGACCAAUCAGGAGGCCAUGGAGACGCUAAGGAAGUCCAUGUCGGUGGAGGGCAACAAACGCGGGACGAUUCAGCUGAUAGUGGCCAGGAGGGUCACCAAACGCAGUGAGCUGGAGGCCCCUGGGAGCCCCCUGGGACCGGAGCAGACCCUCCUGAACUCCUCCCUGCUGGACGACCGGGAGCGCCGUAUCUCCCACUCCCUGUACGGAGGCAUAGAGGGCCUGGACGACAACCUGAUGCCACAGCAGGCUCUGAUGGGCAGGAUGAUGGGUAACUACCAGCUCUCCCCAACGGUCAACAUGCCCCAGGACGACACUGUCAUCAUCGAAGACGAUCGGCCACCUGUACUUCCUGCCCACCUCUCUGACCAAUCGUCUUCCAGUUCCCAUGACGACAUGGGGUUCCAUGUGGAGGUCCCUCCAACUUGGGCCAAAGAUACUCCAAUUCAGAAUGAGAGCACCCUGAGCCCUGAUGACACCGACCCAGACGGAGCCUUUCAGAGGGAGGGUUUCGGCAGACAGAGCAUGUCAGAGAAACGGACAAAGCAGUUUGGAGAUGCCAGUCAGCUGGAAAUCAUCAAGACACGCAAGUCCAAGAGCAUGGAUCUAGUAGCCGACGAGAUUAACCUCACCCCUCGCAAAGAGAACACACCAGGGUCUUCCACCAGGGAUGUGGGUCCCUCCCUUGGCCUCAAGAAGUCCAGCUCUCUGGAGAGUUUACAGACCGCCGUUGCCGAGGUGACGCUCAACGGUGACAUGCCCUUCCACAGGCCACGCCCACGCAUAAUCAGGGGGCGGGGCUGUAACGAGAGCUUCCGGGCCGCAAUUGACAAGUCUUACGACAGGCCAGCAGCCACCGAGGAGGACGACGAGGGCAUGGAGACAUUGGAGGAGGACACCGAGGAGAGCUCUCGGUCCGGGCGCGACUCUGUGUCCACUGUGGCAGAUCUGACCCCACUGCCCAACACAGAGAGACUGCUGGCCAACGGCAACCGCGCCAAUGAAGACAAGAAGAAGGACAAAGGAGGGAAGGACAAAAAGAAGCCAGACCGGGACAAAGAGAAGGACAGCAAGAACAGGGCUAAGAAAGGCAUGCUGAAAGGACUGGGCGACAUGUUCAGGUUUGGAAAACACCGCAAGGACGGAGAGAAACUAGAGCGCAAAGGGAGGCUGGAGGAGCUGCAGGCCUCAGAAGAAGAGACACUGAGGAUGAAACUAGAACAGGAGAGGAUCCAGGCUAAGACCCGGGAGCUUCGGGAGCGCCAGGCACGGGAGAGGGACUACGCUGAGAUCCUAGAUGUCAACCUGAGCCGAGACGAGGAGCACCCCUACGCAGGCAUCGGGCCCCUGGACACGUCCCUGGACAGCGGGCACAGCCGGCCCCAGAGCCCCCGAGACAACCACCAUCAAGAUUCCUCCCUGUACACACAAGUCGGCAAAACCCGCAAUGCAAAUGGACGCCCUCCCUCCGCCGACAGCAACAGACUAGCGCCUAGCAACCACGACCGGAUACAGCGGCUGAGACACGAGUUCCAGCAGGCCAGGGGAGACGACGACCCUGACGACCGGAGACGCACAUACAGCUUCGAGCAGCCCUGGCCCAACAACACCAACACAGGCCCAAGCCCGUACCAGACAGACGGACAACAGACAGGCCGACACUCUGUGUCUGUAGAGGUGCAGAGACAGAGACAGAGGCAGGAGGAGAGAGACGCCUUCCAACAGGCGCAGAGACAGUACAGCUCCCUGCCACGGCAACCCAGGAAGAACCCCAGCUCCAUCUCGCAGGACUCCUGGGACAAGGUCUACCCGCCGGGUGAUGGUUUCCAGACGGCCAAGGAGAACCCUCGCUACUCUAGCUACAAGGGCUCCAGAAACGGCUACCCGGGGAUGAGCGGUGUGAAUGCCCGCGUCCUCCUGGAGGCCCAGGAGCUGCUGAGGCAGGAGCAGAGACGCAGGGAGCAGGAGGCCAAAGGGAAGCAGCUACUGCUAGCGCCCCCGCAGGAACACCCCGGGAACAACACCUAUGACGGGUACUCGGCUCACAAGGACCCUGUGUCGCCUAAGGGCCCCUAUAGACAGGACGUACCCCCCUCGCCCUCCCAGCUGGCCAGGCUCAACAAGCUGCAGGGGCCCGAGAAGGGAAGGCCCUUCUACUCCUGAGGGAACAGAGGAAAGGGGAAGGUAUAGGGGAAGGGACAGGGCUUCCAAGAGGAGGCCACAGGGCUUCCAAGAGGAGGCCACAAUUGGUGGCGCUGGAUAUGGACAACUUGAGGAGCUGAUUAGCAGCAACUCCGCUCUUGUCUCUCCUGAGGACAGGACAGACAAGAGGGGCCACUGUUUUGGAAGAUGUGGGCAACUUGAGGAGCUGCUUAGCAUAGAAUGGGGAAGCUCCUUCUACUCCUGAGGGGAUAGGGGUAAGGAUAGGGACAGGCAAGAGGGGGCCACAGUUGUGGAAGAUGUGGACAACAUGAGGAGCUGAUUGGCUGAGAUUGAUCUAAGAAGAGUUAGGGACUGCACAAUGGGUGUUUGAAUUAAUGGCUUACCCUGGAUGUGACCCCUUAGUCUUCCAUUCAGUCCUCGUCAGUCAUGUUCCCCUCCUACAGACUGUUUGUUGUUAAGUGAGACUUUCUGUAUUUAUGGUCACAAUGCUUUCUGGGUAGUAGUGUUGUGUGAUUCACAGACAUCUGUUACCCUCACGCUCUGACAAUCAAACAGAUAGGCAAACGGACGUUAUUUUAAGCCAUGGACAAGUGUGUAUAUGUGGGUGUGUGUGCCUUUGUGCAAUGCGUGCAUGUGAGAGAGACCGUGUGUCUGAAUGUGAGUGAGCGAUGUGCGAGUGUGGUGUGGUCUCCAUCAUUGACACUUCCAUUGUGGUCUGGUGGCUCCUACAUGACCUAUCACCCCUGCCCCUUGCCCACCCCUGGCCAGGAAAAACCCCUGGGCUGCCUAGACAGUACUACUCUAACACUAAAUCAAAAUAACAACGCUAAGCUUCUCUCAGUAUUCUAUUUAUCUGUUUUAAUCGUUUUUGUCUUUAUGAGAAGCCCCUUCAGUAGUCCCCAGAGGGUUCGAGAAAAGAGAGAGGGAGUGGAAAGAGAAGGGAGUGUGUUAAAGGAGAGGGAGAAGGAGGGCAUAGCACUGGUUAUUAAUGAAGGCCCCUCGUAAAUUAUUCAUGUGUGUGUCGUCUCCACAGAGAGUGAGAGAGAGGUCUCUGAUCCACUGCCUGGCCUCUCUGCUCUGGGCACGGCUAACCUGGCCUGCCUGUCUGCCUGUCUCUGGCUCCAUCCUCUCCUCCUCCCCACCUCUCCUCUUCCCCCGUCAGCCCUGCACUGAAUUUUUCAUCACAAGCCACCUGCUGCCUGCCACAGCCAAAGAACAGAACACAGUCGCAAGAGGCUGUUCCGGAGUGGAAGGCCACAUCACGGUUUCACUCCACAAAGAAACAGAAAGAGAGACAAUCGGAAUACUGAUGCAAGAUUUCGGUUUAAUCGACCCAUCUUCCUUUGUUAAUAAAAAUAUGAAAUUGUGUUUGAGUGGUAGUUGCGUUCAGCUGCCGUAUAGCUGGGAACUAGUGAGUCACUCUCCUCUUGUAUAUAAUGGGCCUUUAAUGUGACGAUGCUCGGAUGUCUAUGAAAUGUACAGAAUGGUGGAGAUGAAUGCAACCGAACAAAGGAGAGUGUGGUGAACACACAAAAGGGGGGAAAAAGAAAAUGACUGGCGUAUGUACUCUGUCGCCUCGUGGUAUACUAUAACAGAAGUGUCUGGCACCUCGCUGCUUUGGAGAUGUGCUUCAAUGUGUUCUCCCUACGCCAAGUACAGUCAUAUGAAAUGCAUUAGCUUCCAUUUGUGAGUUAACGCGGACUGCGUCCCAAAUGGCACUCUAUUCCCUACAUAGUGCACUACUUUUGACCAGAUCCCUAUGGUUGAGCUAAAUAGUUUGAGUGCCAUUUGGGACUCGGGCCAUGGUGUGAGAGAGCGAACUCCCUGUAUCAGCUGUUGAACAUGUCUAACAUGGAAACAAGAGUGUUAUGUCGUCUGCUCUGCAGUACUUCGCCAAUGUCUGCAGUCUGGUGGGAAUCUGUUGUGUGGUGUCCAUUUCUAGCCUGGUUCCAGAUCUGUUUGUGCUGUCUAGUUUACGUCUACGGUCAUCGUUGUUAACAAGGGUGUAGGAUGACGUUCCCUCGGCCUAGUCGCUGAUCUUGGGUUAGUUUUGCAUUUCCCCCACUAAUGGUUAUGAUUGGGGGAGGGGAAAGCUGAUCCUAAAUCUGUACCUAGGGAAAACUCAAGCCCGGAUGCAGUAAACAAGAUGGCACAAACAGACCUGGGACCAGGCUAGUUCAUGGCUAGGUUCAGAGGUCUCUAAUAAGUGCCUGAGGAGGGAAAACAAUGUGGUCAGAUCGUUUUUGUAGCUAACUGACACACCAAUACACCAAGUAUUUUUCACAUACCGUUUGAAUCUCUUUGGUACAGUAUGUCAUGAUUGUUUUGGGGUACUUUUGUUUCCCUGAAAAGCUUUCGUUGUUUGGUUCUAGUUUUUUUUACAGUGAAAGUUAAAAUAGGCCUCUGCAUUAGGGGAUCAGUCUAUUUGUAUCCCGUCUGACUUUACAAUGCUGUAUGUAUGUAUCAUGACGUUUAAAGUAUAAAGCUAUUGUAAGCACAGUGCAAUUGUUUUUCAGACUUUGACCUGAUAUAUUUAGAAAUGUAAACAGACCUUUUUCCUGUACAUAUCACAUUUAAAAUAAAAGGAGGCUGGUUUCAACCUGUUUACAACUGUC